AUGUUCAUGAGAUUUGCCAGCCCCAAUGAGCGUCGCACAAUUAGCCGCGAAGACUUAGGGUUCUACAAUGCCCUUGCCAUUGGAGCAAUCUAUGAACUUCCCGGCGAAGAUGUCGAUGCAAGUUCUGCAGAAUCCUUCAUUCAGCCCCUGAAGGACUGCAUCCUCGAACAUGCAUACCUGGGCGUGACAAUCAAGGACAAGCACACUGAGAAGCCAUUCUUCGAAGCAGUGUCGAGCCUCGACCUGAACAACCACAUUUCAGUCCACAACACUUGGAAGGAAGACGGCCAAGACAAUGUAUCCGAAACAAAAGCCAUAGAGAGAUUCCUCCUCCCAGUCCUCGACCGCCCCUGGCCAGCCGAUAUCCCGCCCUGGCGCAUCGUCGUCCUCCCUCUCGCCCCAGGAAGCCUUAAAACAACCCGCUGCUUCAUCGCCUUCGCCUUCUCCCACGCCCUAGGCGACGGCAUGUCGGGGCUAGCCUUCCACCGCUCAUUCCUGAACGCGUGGAACAACCAACCCGCCAUAAACACAGACACAGCCGAGAAACCCUCAUUCAUAGUAACAUCACCAACAAAAACCCUCCCACCCCCAUUCGACACCCCAUCUCGCCUCCCCAUCUCCUGGUCCUACCUCCUCGCCCCGCUCCUCGCAGCAUGCCUCCCAAAAUUCCUAAACGACCUCCUCGGCCUGCGCGCCUCAACAAGCACCCUAACCCCAGGAACAUGGACAGGACCGGCUAUGUUCUUCGACGCGGACAACAGGGAAAGCAGCAGACUGCACCUGCUUGAGAUCGAGGAGCCGCUUGUGCGGAAUGCCCUGGCCAUGUCGAGAGCGCAUGGGUCGAAACUCACCGCCACGAUGCACCAGAUGAUUGUGCGUGCGCUGAGCAGAGCCAUACCAAAUGGAGAAGGCAGGAUUACGGAAUUUGUCUCGGGGACUGCGAUUGAUAUGCGUGGCUCGAUUGGUGUGCCUGGGUAUACGUGGGGGUUGUAUGUGAAUGGGGACCAUGGUGUGCAUCCGCGUGUGCAGCUGGAUGGGGAUAAGCAGGGUACAUUAUCUCAUGAGAACUGGGAAGAGGCGAGUCUGAUGACGAAGAGUCUGGCGGAGUCUGCGACGAGACUUCAGGACCAGGCUAUUGGGUUGCUGAGGUAUGCGCCGAGUAUCAGGGGCUGGACGGCGAAGAAGAUGGGCGAGCGGAGGGACUGUUCGUACCGGGUGAGUAACUUGCUGGCGUUUGAUGGGGGCUCUGAGAAGGGGGCUUGGAUUAGCAAGGUUAUCUUUGCAACUCCGGCUGAUGCGACGGGGUCGCCGCUGGCGUUUGAUAUUGUGAGUCUCAAAGGGGGGAGUUUGGUUUGUUCUGUUGGAUGGCAGGCUGGGGCUUUGGGAGUUCCGAUUGAGGAGGAGAGUAAACUUGUUGAAGAGAUUUGCUCGUCAAUUAGGGCUGACUUUGAGGGGUUGAUGUGA